UUGUACAGGCUGUCCUCAGAGGGAGAUCUCAUCUCUAGACAGUCAGAGACACGCCAGAAUGGAGGUCCUGAAGGAGAAAGUGGAGGAGGAGGAGGAGGCCGAGCGGGCCGAGAGGGGCGAGAAAAUGAUGAGGCCGAUGGAGGUGCGGAAGGAGGAAACCAUCAUGACGCAGGAGAUGCUCAGAGACCUGGAGAGGAAGCUGUCGGAGAUUGAGGUCUCCAUCCCGGAGAAGCCCUCGACUUUUACCAAGGACGCUAUUGACAUCUCCAAGCUGCCCCUUUCCUACCAAAGCAACACGCCCAAGGAGGAACACCUGCUGCAGGUGGCAGACAACUUCUCCCGCCAGUAUAGCCACCUGUGCCCGGACCGCGUGCCCCUCUUCCUGCACCCAGUGAACGAGUGCGAAGUGCCUAAGUUCGUGAGCACAACCAUCCGGCCCACACUGAUGCCCUACCCUGAGCUCUACAACUGGGACACCUGCGCCCAGUUUGUCUCAGACUUCCUGUCCGCGGUGCCCUUGCCCGACCCCCUCAAGCCGCCCUCCUACCUGUACUCCUCGACCACGGUGCUCAAGUACCAGAAGGGGAACUGCUUUGACUUCAGCACGCUGCUCUGCUCCAUGCUCAUCGGCGCUGGCUACGAUGCCUACUGCGUCUACGGCUAUGGCUCGCAGGACCUGUGCCACAUGGACCUGACUCGGGACGUGUGCCCACUCACCAUGAAGCCCAAGGAGAUGGUCAAGGAGGAGGAAAAGGCACCACCUAAGAAGUACGCCGUCAAACCGCCCAGGGACCUGACAAGCAGGUUUGAACAGGAGCAGGAGAUUAAAAGGCAGGAGGCAAUCAAGGCCGAGGAGGAGAGGCGACUGAAGCAGGAGGAGGAGGAGCGCCUCGUGGAGCAGGAGAGUGCAAAGACCGACCCCCUGCACGGCCUGCGGGUACACUCCUGGGUCCUGGUGUUGUCGGGGAAACGCGAGGUGCCCGAGAGCUUUUUCAUUGACCCGUUCACUGCACGCAGCUACAGCACCCAAGAUGACCACUUCCUGGGAAUAGAGAGCCUCUGGAACCACAAGAACUACUGGGUCAACAUGCAGGACUGUUGGAACUGCUGCAAGGACCUGGUCUUUGACCUGGGAGACCCUGUGAGGUGGGAGUACCUGCUCUUGGAGACCGACAAGCCUCUCCUGUCCCUGACUGAGGAGGAGGACGAUGGGACGAACGAUGACGAUGAUGUGGAAAAUCUGGGCAAGGAGGAUGAGGAUAAGAGCUUCGACAUGCCAUGCUCGUGGGUGGAGCAGAUUGAGAUCUCCCCAGAAGCGUUCGAGACCCGCUGCCCAAACGGGAAGAAGGUGAUACAGUACAAGAGGGCAAAGCUGGAGAAGUGGGCCCCGUACCUCAACAACAAUGGCCUAGUGUGCCGCCUCACCACCUACGAGGACUUGGAGUGUACCAAGACUUUGGAGAUAAAGGAGUGGUUCCAGAACCGGGAGGAUAUGCUGGAGCUGAAGCACAUCAACAAGGUCACGGGCCUGAAUAUCGACUACUUCAAGCCGGGCCACCCCCAGGCUCUGCGUGUGCACUCAUACACGUCCAUGCAACCCGAGAUGGACCGCGUCAUGGAGUUUUAUGAAACGGCCCGCGUGGACGGCCUAAUCAAACGGGAGGAGACGCCCAGGACAAUGACGGAGUACUACCAAGGGCGGCCCGACCUCCUCUCCUACCGCCAUGUCAAUUUCGGGCCCCGGAUCAAGAAGUUGGCUCUGAACAGUGCAGAGUCAAACCCCCGGCCCAUGGUGAAAAUCACAGAGCGAUUCUUCCGCAACCCUGCGAAGCCUGCGGAUGAAGACGUGGCAGAGCGCGUGUUUCUGAUCCUGGAUGAGCGCAUCCAGCUGCGCUACCACUGCCGCGAGGACCACAUCACGGCCUCCAAGCGUGAGUUCCUGUGGCGCACGGAGGGGGACAGCAAGGGCAACAAGAUCAUCAUGACACCUGACAUGUGUCUCAGCUUUGAGGUGGAGCCCAUGGAGCACACCAAGAAGCUUCUCUACCAGUCCGAGGCCAUGAUGAAGCUGAAGAAUGAGGAGAAGUUGUCCAGGCAUCAGGCCUGGGAAUCAGAGCUGGAGGUGCUGGAGAUCCUGAAGCUUCGGGAGGAAGAGGAGGCAGCGCAUGCGCUGACCAUCUCCAUCUACGACACCAAGCGCAACGAGAAGAGCAAGGAGUAUCGGGAGGCCAUGGAGCGCGUGAUGCACGAGGAGCAACUGUGGCAGGUGGAGGCCCAGCUGGACUACCUGGCCCCGUUUCUGGCACAGCUCCCACCGGGAGAGAAGCUGACGCGCUGGCAGGCCGUGCGCCUCAAGGAUGAGUGCCUCAGUGACUUCAAGCAGCGGCUCAUCGACAAGGCCAACCUCAUCCAGGCCCGGUUUGAAAAGGAGACCCAGGAGCUGCAGAAGCAGCAGCAGUGGUAUCAGGAGAACCAGGUGACCUUGACGCCCGAGGAUGAAGACUUGUACCUGAGUUACUGCUCUCAGGCCAUGUUCCGCAUCCGCAUCCUGGAGCAGCGGCUCAAUCGACACAAGGAGCUGGCCCCACUUAAGUACCUGGCUCUGGAGGAAAAGCUCUACAAGGACCCACGCCUGGUGGAGUUACUGAAAGUCUUCGUUUGAUGCUUCCUUCUCAGUCCCCACACCUGUGGUCCUUUGCCCCUCCUGAGGCCUCAGU